CCAGUGCAUGGAUAAAGCUUGACCUUUGUUCUCAUUGAAAACACGCAUCUGUCCAUACUCAGUCCAUGUGUCUGGACAAUCGUUGUUAAGAUAUAACCCGACAGAGCAUGUCCAUGCAUCUCAUUAUCCUUUCACCAGCCUUUGGACACAGAAACAUUGCUUCAUUUGAAUGCGGAAGAGUUUCUUUUCGCGCGCGUGCCCGUUGCUCCGCUGCAAUGAACAAUGCAGCAAACCUCAGUGCGCAGGUGCGCGCCUGCAGGGCACGCGGCUAUUUUUAGAAAAUGACGUCAUCCUGAAAUAGAGCGAGAGCGCGCACGACCCCCCCUCCCUCCCUCCUUCCCUCCAGUUCACUGGGAUUGACAGGGCGCUUGCAGCAGCAGUACCCCACAAGCCGCCUGCCAAAGGGGAGAUAAGAAAAAAAAAGUCGGCCGAAACUUGUAGGAGACCGGGCUGGGAGGGGAAUUAAAUCUUUACAAAAAUAUAUAGAUAAACAAAAAAUAUAAAUCUGCACCUCCAACUCUUGGCUCACCGUUCCACCCUCACGUGCGCGGCUGCUCCAGAUUCUGCUCGCGCUUGUGUGUGCGCUGACCGGAUCGCGCGCUCUCAAACGCAGCCAGUGUGUUCAGCUGAGAAACGACAGAACCGCGGCGCGAUCGAACCCGACCAUAGAGGAUGGCUGACAGGGAACAACUGAUCCAAAGAGCCCGUCUGGCGGAGCAGGCGGAGCGUUACGAUGACAUGGCCUCUGCGAUGAAGCUGGUAACAGAGCUAAACGAGCCGUUGUCCAAUGAAGACCGCAAUCUGCUCUCGGUAGCUUACAAGAAUGUGGUGGGUGCCCGACGGUCAUCUUGGCGUGUAUUAUCCAGCAUAGAGCAGAAGACGGCAGCAGAUGGCAACGAGAAGAAGCUGGAACUGGUGCAUGUCUACCGAGAGACCAUCGAGAAGGAGUUGGAGUCAGUGUGCCAGGACGUUCUCACCCUUCUGGACCAGUACCUCAUCAAGAACUGUGAAGAGACUCAGGUAGAGAGCAAGGUCUUCUACUUGAAGAUGAAGGGCGACUACUUCCGUUACUUGGCCGAGGUGGCCACUGGCGAAAAGAGAGCCUCUGCCGUCAAAUCGUCCGAAGGGGCCUACAAGGAGGCUUUCGAUAUUAGCAAGGGCAUGCCGGCAACCCAUCCCAUCCGCUUGGGCCUGGCACUCAACUUCUCCGUCUUCUACUACGAGAUCCAAAACGCACCCGAGCAGGCCUGCCAGCUCGCCAAGGAGGCUUUCGAUGACGCCAUCGGCCACCUGGACAAUCUGAACGAGGACUCCUAUAAGGACUCCACGCUCAUUAUGCAGCUCCUGCGGGACAACCUCACCCUGUGGACCAGUGACCAGCAAGACAGCGAAGGAGGGGAUGCCAAUAACUGAGAGAUCUGCUCAGUCUGCUCUCACUUCUAGCUGUAGUAGCACCCGUCUGUCCCUCCUACAAUGUCUUCUUUAAUGCUAUAUCUUAUUUCUCUCUUUCCACUCCUUUAGUCUUUCUUUCUUCUCCAUUGUAUCCUUCCUGUCUCUUUGUGACACCUAGAUGCUCCUUUUUGGUUCCUCAGGGCUGCAAUGUAGGCCCUUGUUAGUGGAGAUGGGAAACUUGAGGAAUUUAACGAUUCUGGUACUGAUUCCAAUUCCAGUUAACUAUUCUGGUCCAAAUCCACUUAAUGAAUCUGGUUAUAAUUCCAGUUUCACUUAAUGAUUCUGAUACUGAUUCCAGUUUCACUUAACCAUUUUGUUCUAAUUCAAAUUCUUCUGAAAUAUUCUGGUUUUAAUUCCUAUUCCACUUAAUGAUUAUGGUUCCUUAACAAUUCCAUUAACGAUUGUGUAAGUUAUUUUGAGGAUGAAAGAAUUGUUGGAAAUGUUUGGUAACAAAUGUUUGUUAACAAAGAAGUGAAAGACAGUUCUUGCAACAAAAAAAAUGUUAUAUUGGGUUAUGUGUUAUAUUGGGUUAUACUAACCAUUUGCAUGUAUUCCAUCUAGUGGCUUGCCUUGUUACUGUUCGUAAAUCCAUACCUUGGAAAAUUAGAGUUUAGUGUUUUUUAAUCAAUGUUUGUUAGCUUUGAGGCCAUCUACAUAUAUGCUAGUCAUCUACGUAUACACUGGUGGCAAAAAGUUUGGAAUAAUGUACAGAUUUUGCUCUUAUGGAAAGAAAUUGGUACUUUUAUUCACCAAAUUGGCAUUCAGCUGAUCUAAUAACAUGAAAAAUUACUAUUACAAUUAGAAUUUGUUUUUCAGAACUUCUUCAAAGAAUACUCAUAAAAUAAUCCUCCACGUGCAGCAAUGACAGCUUUGCAGAUCUUUGGAAUUCUAGCUGUCAGUUUGUCCAGAUACUCAGGUGACAUUUCACCCCACUUCCUGUAGCACUUGCCAUAGAUGUGGCUGUCUUGUCGGGCACUUCUCACACACCUUACAGUCUAGCUGAUCCCACAAAAGCUCAAUGGGGUUAAGAUCCAUAACACUCUUUUCCAAUUAUCUGUUGUCCAAUGUCUGUGCUUCUUUGCCCACUCUAACCUUUUCUUUUUGUUUUUCUGUUUCAAAAGUGGCUUUUUCUUUGCAAUUCUUCCCAUAAGGCCUGCACCCCUGAGUCUUCUCUUUACUGUUGUACAUGAAACUGGUGUUGAGCGGGUAGAAUUCAAUGAAGCUGUCAGCUGAAGACAAGUGAGGUGUCUAUUUCUCAAACUAGAGACUCUGAUGUAAUUAUUCUCAUUUAGUUGUAAAUCUGGCCUUCCACAUCUCUUUCUGUCCUUGUUAGAGCCAGUUGUCCUUUGUCUUGAAGACUGUAGUGUACACCUUUGUAUGAAAUCUUCAGUUUUUUGGCAAUUUCAUGCAUUGUAUCGCCUUUAUUCCUCAAAACAAUGAUUGACUGAUGAGUCAGCUGUUUCUUUUUUGCCAUUUCUGACCUAAUAUUGACCUUAAGACACUCCAGUCUAUUGCAUACUGUGGCAACUCAAAAACAAACACAAAGACAAUGUUAAGCUUCAUUUAACGAACCAAAUAGCUUUCAACUGUGUUUGCUAUAAUGGCAAGUGAUUUUCUAGUACCAAAUUAGCAAUUUAGCAUGAUUACUCAAGGAUAAGGUGUUGGAGUGAUGGCUGCUGUCUAGAUUUGAUCAAAAAUGACUUUUUUCAAAUAGUGAUGGUGCUGUUUUUUACAUCAGUAAUGUCCUGACUAUACUUUGUGAUCAGUUGAAUGCCACUUUGGUGAAUUAAAGUACCAAUUUCCUUCCGAAACAGCAAAAUCUGUACAUUAUUCCAAACUUUUGGCCACCAGUGUAUGUACUCUUAAAUGUUCACUAAAUUAACUUAUAGCAGAUAUUCAUAUUUAAAUUUUACAGUCUUUAUGUUCUGUGAAGCAGAGCGGAAAUAUUGAUGACUCUUGUUGCAUUACACAGAUUUUUGUCCAGUCAAGUACUCUCUAGAAUGCCCCUCCCCCUAAUUCCAGCUGCAACCAACUAGUAAGUAGCAAAGGUAAAUAGCCUGUUGGACAUUCAAAAAAGUUUUUUAUUUUAUUUUUUCUCUCAAAGGUUUUUUUUUAAGGUGUCUUUUGGAAGCAUUCUGAUGUUCCAGAAUCAUCAACGGAACCGAACAUCAUGAAAAUCAUCAGGUUACAGUGGUUUUUUUUUAAACAAUGGUUCUCGAUUCCCAAAUCCUACUUGUUAGCUCUCUCUUUCUGUAGAGUAUUUCUUUUUGUUUGUCUCUUUCUUUGUUUUCCUCUCUUCCACUUGCUGUUUUCUUCCUCUGUCCUUGACCUCUUUUUCUGUAUGCUGUUCUCUUCCUCCUCCCCUUGAUGAGUUGCUGAUAAUUAGCCUACUGGUCUCUACGUGACAUUUAGUUAAUGUGUGCUUGUAAGGACUCAAUCUUUGUAGAAAAUCUGUAACACUUAUUGCAGGAUGAGGUCUUCAGUACGUGGCACAGUACAGUGCUAAUGUUACAUUUUACUACCAGUUACAUUGUUAUUCUUCAAUUGUCCUUGAUCUGUACCUCCAUCACUGCUUAGAUGUGUUUGUCUGUCAAUCCCCCAUGAAGCUCACCUUGUACACCUUGCUACCCCUGUGAAUUGUGUAUGUCUGCUGAUCUCAGAACAGUACGUCAUCAUCUAAAAUGUGGGCGGUACUCUGUUACGAGAUUCGAGAGUCUUUUGAUUAGGAUUACAUAUGCAAGGUAAUGACAGAAUGACAUUAAAGACAUUGCAUACCAUGGGAACUCUCAA